AUGGUAGAGGUGACCAAAAGCGAGAGAGGUGUCGACAAUGGAGCUGAAGGUUGCCCGGCGCAAGACUGUCUCAGUCGUCAGUUGGUGAUGGCGGGGUUAUCCGAACAGCCAGCCCGAGCCGCCCGUGUCUUUGGAGUCGCUGAUGGACCCCGCGUUCCAUUUCCAGGACUGACUGGCGAUGGGCUGAGUUUGGGUUGCGCUUUGGGGUAUCAUUAUUCUGCGAAAUUGGAAGAGGAGGAGGGUCGUCAGCCGAGCCGAGCUGUAGGUAGCACAGUUAUCACAUUUGGCAGGAUCAAGACAAGAAAAGGGAGGAAGUGGAAAGUGGAAGCUCGAGGAGGGUGUGUGCCAGAAACAUCCAUGAUACCGCGAUAUCUUCUCGGUGAGGCCCGCGGAGUACUCCGGUCCGAGGCGGGUUUCAUCGCGGGCUCGCUUGAUGGACGUUAAACCUUUUUGAUGGUCUUCAGCCCUGUCCGGAAACAAUAGUCAUUCAGUCAGUCACAUAUUGAAAGGAACUGGCGACACGCCUUUUGCUCGGCGAUUCCAUCUCGGCGAGGAGGAGGAUGCCAUCAGGAACCAGGACGACCAACAACCGACGGCGAACUAAGAGUGAGAUGAUAACGCUGCGCCAAUGUCCUCUUUAUCACACUCAGUGCGUCAUGGGCUGAUGUUCCGAACACUCAGUCUCCAGUCUUGAUCAUGGACGAAAACUCGACGAAAAUCGAAGUCCGGGAAGGCACAUGGAAGUGCAGUGAGAAAUCUCAGGCUUGGAGGAGACACCGCUGCCCUGCAUCUGCAAGGUACCCGGUACCUUCCUUGUCUUGAUGGGAGAGCUACGGUGUGAAGGAAGGAAGACAGACACUUUGGGCAAGAGCAAAUGCUUCUGGACCGAUCGGUCAAUGGGCAAGAGCUUCGUUGACUUCUGCAGUUGGUCACAGGUCGGAGUUUCACUCAUACGCAGGGCAGCCAGGGCAUGAAGCCCUCGUCUUUUCUGCUUCCUGAAUUGGAAAUGUCCAAGACAACCAAGACAAUUUGAUGGACUAGACUAGGCAGGCAGGCAGGCAGCCAGGCUUCACACUGAGUUGAGAUUCUCACACCGACCAACCACUACUACGAACCUCACAUUUUAUCUUCACAUUCGUCAACAUCACCAGACUCAUGAUCAAUCAGCACCUCUACGCCACAGGCAACUUUUCGGCUUUACCAU